AUGCGGGGGGCCCGGGAUGGGGGGCCGGCGCCGUGGCGGGCGCUGUGCCAGGACAGCCGGGACCCCGAGCGCCAGAAGCACUGGGCCGAGCUCUUCGACCAGCUGGACACCAACAAGGACGGGCGGGUGGACAUCAACGAGCUGCGGGAGGGCCUGGCGCGGAUGGGCAUGAAUGCCAGCUCCCAAGCUGAACAGGAGAUCCUGCGCGAGGGCGACACGGACCGGGAUGGCGAGCUGGACUUCGAGGAGUUCGUGUCUUACCUGCAGGAGCGAGAGCGCAAACUGCGACUCAUGUUCCACAGCCUGGAUCGCAACAACGAUGGCCAGAUCGACGUGUCUGAGAUCCAGCAGACAUUCCACGGCCUCGGAGUCUACAUCUCUCUGCAGCAGGCAGAGAAAAUCCUCCAAAGCAUGGACAAGGACGGCACCAUGACCAUCGACUGGCACGAGUGGAGAGACCACUUCAUCCUCAACCCGCUGGAGAACAUGGAGGAGGUCGUCCACUAUUGGAAGCACUCCACGGUCCUGGACAUCGGCGAGUGCCUUACGGUCCCUGACGAAUUCUCCGAGAAGGAGAAGAGGACGGGGAUGUGGUGGAAGCAGCUGCUCGCGGGCGCCAUGGCUGGGGCCGUCUCCAGAACGGGAACCGCCCCGCUGGACCGGCUUAAAGUUUUCAUGCAGGUUCACGCCUCCAAGACCAACAACAUGAACGUGUUUGGGGGGCUGAAGGGCAUGAUCCAGGAGGGGGGCGUCCGCUCACUCUGGCGCGGCAACGGGAUCAAUGUGCUGAAGAUCGCGCCUGAGUCUGCCAUCAAGUUCAUGGCCUAUGAGCAGAUCAAGCGGGUGAUUCGUGGGCAGCAGGAGACGCUGCGGGUGCAAGAAAGAUUUGUGGCCGGCUCACUGGCCGGUGCCACUGCUCAGACAAUCAUCUACCCCAUGGAGGUGCUGAAGACCCGGCUGACCCUGCGGAAGACGGGUCAGUACUCGGGGGUGGCCGACUGCGCUAAGAAGAUCCUGCAGAAGGAGGGAAUCCGGGCCUUUUACAAGGGCUACCUGCCCAACGUGCUGGGCAUCAUCCCCUACGCCGGCAUCGACCUGGCUAUCUACGAGACGCUGAAGAACAUGUGGCUUCAGAAAUACAGCAGGAACACAGCGGACCCCGGCAUCCUGGUGCUCCUGGCCUGCGGGACGAUGUCCAGCACCUGCGGGCAGAUCGCCAGCUACCCCCUGGCCUUGGUGAGAACCCGGAUGCAAGCCCAAGCCUCCAUCGAGGGCGCCCCGCAGCCCACCAUGCUGGGCCUCUUCAAGCACAUCCUGUCGCGGGAGGGGGUGCUGGGCCUGUACCGGGGCAUCGCCCCCAACUUCAUGAAAGUGAUCCCGGCCGUCAGCAUCAGCUACGUAGUCUACGAGAACAUGAAGCAGGUGCUGGGCGUGACGUCCAGAUGA